GCUUGGGGGAUAGCUCCAGAGCGGGCGACGACGGGGUUGUUAUGGAGCCGCCGGGCCGGGCUCGCGCAUGCGCCACCUGACGAACGGGUUCGGUCUUGGAGUCGCGACCCCGGCCCUAGGGCAAUCAGAUGAAGAGAGCAUUGGUGAAUCUGCUUCCAGCCCAGUAAAACAUGGAGAGGAAAAACCCAACCAGGGAGAGCCCCAGAAGACUCUCGGCCAAACUAGGCAAAGGGACAGAGAUGAAGAAGGUGGCUCGUCAACUCGGCAUGGCGGCUGCUGAGUCGGAUAAGGACUCAGGAUUUUCAGAUGGGAGCUCGGAAUGUCUGAGCUCCGCAGAGCAGAUGGAGUCCGAGGACACGCUGAGCGCCUUAGGCUGGAGCCGAGAAGACAGGCCGAGGCAGAGCUCCAGGACUGCAAACAAUGCCUUCCCAACCCUGUCCCCCAUGGUCGUCAUGAAGAAUGUGUUGGUCAAACAGGGCAGCAGCUCAUCCCAGCUCCAGUCCUGGACUGUCCAGCCCUCCUUUGAAGUCAUCUCAGCACAGCCUCAGCUCCUGUUCCUUCAUCCACCUGUACCCUCUCCCAUCAGCCCAUGUCACACUGGUGAGAAAAAGUCGGACUCCAGGAACUACCUGCCCAUUCUAAAUUCUUACACCAAAAUAGCCCCACACCCGGGCAAAAGGGGCCUUUCACUCAGCCCAGAAGAAAGAGGGGAAAGUGGGAUGCAGAAGAAAAUCUGUACUGAGAGACUUGGGCCCAGCGUGUCUUCCGGCGAGCCUACCAAGCCUGAUGCUGUACUGCCCAGCCCCUCAACGCCAGCACCACCCAGCGCCAAACUUGCCGAGGACUCAGCUCUGCAGGGCGUGCCCUCCCUGGUGGCAGGUGGAAGUCCACAGACUCUUCAGCCAGUAUCCAGCAGCCACGUGGCUAAAGCUCCCAGCCUGACCUUUGCUUCCCCCGCCAGUCCUGUCUGCGCCUCAGACAGUACUCUGCAUGGGUUAGAGAGCAGCUCUCCCCUGUCCCCACUGUCAGCUAAUUAUAGCUCCCCUCUGUGGGCUGCAGAGCACCUCUGCCGCAGCCCCGAUCUCUUCACAGAGCAGCGGCAGAGCAAACACAGGCGCUUUCAGAAUACCCUGGUAGUCCUCCACAAAUCCGGUUUGCUGGAAAUCACUUUGAAAACCAAGGAGUUGAUUCGGCAGAACCAGGCAACUCAGGUGGAACUAGACCAGCUAAAGGAACAAAUCCAGCUGUUUAUAGAGGCCACCAAGAGCAGGGCUCCUCAGGCCUGGGCCAAGCUACAGGCAUCUUUAACAUCUGGGUCCAGUCAUACUGGCAGUGACCUAGAAGCUUUCUCUGAUCACCCAGACAUAUAGCACAGAGGCAUAUGUUCCUGUUACUUGAGUGGUUCUUUUAAUUCUUUUGCUGUUAUCUACUCCUGUUUCCCAAAGCUUACGUAAGCUUUUCCUUCUAAAUUUAAACUGUUUAGUGGUUCACAUAUGAAGCCACCUGCCAGUACCUGGCUGCUGUCUUAACCUGUGGUCUAUGUGCAGAUUCCGUAUGUCGCCCCUCCACUGAGGGCCUCAGAGUUACAGUAUCUUUGAGUCCCUUUUCGGUAGCCUGCAGGCACUGAGGUGGAUCAUGGGGCAAAGCAGGAGAGAUGACUCUCUGGGGCUUCUGUAGCUGUCACCUCCCACUGUCCCACUCACUACCUGGAUGAAGGGCGAAAUGACACAGAUGGGUGUACAGAGGGACACCUGUGGAGCCAGGGUGUGGGCGACAUAGGAUGCCUUCGUGAUCUUCCCUUGAGUGUCUUAAUCACAGAGGAAAAUAAGAGGAAGUAUGUUUGCAUUCCCCAUAGCAUCGUGCCAGUUAGGUGAAGCCUAAAAUGCUUUCGGCACAGGUUGGGCCUUGGGUGCAAGCAGCUUAAUCACUUACAACUUUGUUUUCUUAAACUUGAAAGUUGAGGGGAAAGAGUAGUGCCGUUUGACUCAUAUUCUUUAAUCACAAGCCAGAUUUCUCUUCACUUAAACUGGUAGGCAAAAUACUUCAGAUAUUUAAGGUAUGGAAAGAAUGGAUUCAGUAAUAUCUGGAAUUUCAUUUGAUAGAUUGCUUUUUUUACUUGUAAUCUGAAGAAAGUAGACAUGGCCAGCAUCUCUUGGUCAGGUGCUGAAAGAUUCUGGUGAUUUAUGCGUUUUUCUUCAUUUGAAACAAUGCAGCCUCUUUUUGUCUAAAACCCUCAACGGUAGCUUCAGUGUUAAUUAAGAGUGUAGUAUAAGUUAACUCUCUGCCGCCUCUUUUUUCUUCCCCUUUAUGUAAAAAGGAAACCUUGGUGGCGUAGUGGUUAAGAGUUACGGUGCUAACCAAAAGAUCAGCAGUUUGAAUCCACCAGGUGCUCCUUGGAAACCCUGUGGGGCAGUUUUACUCUGUUCUGUAGGGUCGCUAUGAGUCAGAAUCGACUCAAUGGCAAUGAGUUUGUUUUUGUUUUUUUGUGAAAAAAGGAAAGAAGUGAUAGUUACAUUUGCUAACCUUUGAAUUCAAUAAAAUCAUCCUGAGAUUAUGAUAUAGAAGUCCACAGUGAAUUGGAAAACAUUCUUCUCAUCCAUUUUCUUUUCACAUCCACAGUUUUCAUUUGUCGCAUGUCAGAGUGUCAUGGAGCAAUUGUGGGGCAGUCUUCUGUGUUUCUUUUGUUUUGGAUAUUGGUAACAAAGCCAGAGGGGUAGUGUUGGUUUCUUUGAAGUUCAUCUAGAAAUGUGAUGAGAAUUUCCAAAUGAGAAGAUGAAAAUACACAUUCUUUGCAGCUUCACUGUAUAGGUAAACGAGAUUUCUAAGUAGUAAAGUUUCAAACUUUGUUUUUAUCCUUUCAUUUGCAUCCUCUUCAAAAUCUUUAUACUUUACAAAUUAGUAAGAAGUUCAGUGUGACCAGCUUCAUCUUUACUGCAAGGAAAACGUUCUUCAAGUUUUAUCAAGGCCAGAAAUUAAUGAUCAUAAUUACUCACCAGUUGCCAUUGAGUCAGUUCUAACUCAUGGCGACCCCAUGUGUGUUAGAGUAGAACUGUGCUCCGUAAGGGUUUCAGUGGCUGAUUUUUUGGAAGUACGUUGCCAGAUCUUUGUUCCUAGGUGCCUCUGGGUGGACUCAAACCUCCAGCCUUUCAUUUAGCAGUUGAGUGCAUUAACCAUUUACACCACCCAGGAACUUUCAUAUUUACUAGGUAUAGUUAUAACUCUAACAGUUUAAAAAUUAUAAGGUUUCAAAGUGCCUACAUUUUGUUCUCAAACAUGUAUGGCUUGCAUAUGACUGAUUUAGAAAUUAAACAACUCAGUAAAAUCUCUAAACUCCCCUGAUCAAUGCAGAAAUACUACCUGCCAUUUGCUUUCUGAAAGAAAUGUAAAAAUCAGAGCAAAUGUGUCUUUCAGCAGACUCGGCUCCUUUUAAUAUUUUUCUCUUGGCCCAUUCCCUUUGCCUCCCCUGAAUCUAUGUGAUACUAUAGCAGCCCGACUCUGCACCAUGCUAGGAAGCUUCCUUUCUGGCAGAGUAUGUUUGGCAGCAAAGCUAUAGAGACAGGUGCAUUCAGAACAGCCUGGGCACCAGUCAUGAGUCUUACUGAGUGUCAGAAAUCUGAAAACACUUGCUGAGAACCAAAUUUAUUCCACUGGCAAAACCCUCUGUGGAGCUGUAAGUCUCUUGGGCUCUUCUUCCUAGAUUAAGGUUUGCAUUUUCCUUCCUGUCAUAGUGAAAGAUGAAAGCCAUCAUCGAUCCUCACUGCUGAGUGGCAGGGAGAAGCAGCACUACCCCCUGCUCUUCUCUGAUUUUGCAGCCUAGUGCUGGAAGCUUUUCUAGGCUGUUAGCAUGGGUGUUCUUUUCUUAGUGGAGCUGUAAGCAGAUGAGGCCAAGUAGAGAAGCUAGAUUUUGGAAGGAGGAAUCCAUUGAAGCCAGAAUCCAGCAUCAGCAAAUGGAGGAACCUCGUUGAAAGAUCUCCAUUGGUUGUACAAGGCUGUAAGUAGUAAUGGUCUUGGCAAUGCAUGAUUUAAUCUGGUAUGAAGUACUGUGGCAGAGCUACCAUUUCCUGAAAGUGAAAAGCCAUUCUUAGACCAACUCUGAAGAGAACUUUUGGCAGAUUUUGUUGGCAGUGUUGAAAUACAUCUAGAAAAAGCUGCUGAUUGAAUCGGUUAUGGGAAUGAAAUUUAAUGACAUUUGUAAUUUAUUACAUUCAUUGCUUUUUGUUGAUUAUAGUAUUGUCUGAUUUUUCUUAACUGUGAUUCCUUCAGCAGAAAAGUAACUCGUGCAUAUAUUGAAGUGUUUUUCCAGCCAUGGAUUGUGUAGGGUAGAAAUUUAUUUACCAAAUGUGAAUUCUUUUGAGAAGUGUGAAGUUUUAUAGAAGUUGACUGUGAAAUAUCAGAGAGAAAUAAAAGUCACUUACUUGAAAACUGUUUGGCCUUUUAACUUUAUACCUGCUUACAAAUACUGAGUGAAAUCUAAAUAUUUGAGUUGAUUUAAAGUUUCAAACAUAUGUACUCGUGUCAUUUGGGAGUUUUGGGAUUAGAUACUGAACUUGUGGAAAUUCGUUGUUGAGACUUUCACUGGUGUGAAUUUAAAAGGAAAUGCAGGCAGUUGAGUGCAAAUGUACAGGUCCAGUGGUCUCUAGAGUCGUGGAAGUUUAUAUUGGGUAGGGUGGGAGGAAUGAAUACUUCCCAGUGAUCUUGUCCAUCUGCUCUGAACACUUCCACAAAUAGAAGUUUUAAGGGAUAGAACUACAGUUGUAUACAGGAAUAAACUACAGAUGUAUUAAGUUCCUUCUACAACAGAGGUCCUUAGCAAGUUCAUCUCUAAGCCUUCCUCCAUGCUUCUAAAGCUCUGCUCCUCCCAAGGUUCACCUAGAGAAUCUCAAUAGGGAAACAGUGUGGCAUCCUGUCUGCUCCCCAAGGCCUGUCAGGACCCCCUCCCCCCCAGAUUUUUAAGACACUGGGGAAAUAAGCUUGUCCUCAUUAAAAGGCCGGGGGUAGGGGUGCUACAGUCCAAUUCUUACAGCAUUGUUUCUGUCCUACUAAGUGACUUAAUGGCUGUGUGACUUUAAAAAAUAAAGAGAAAUAAAAAUGGGGUAAAAAUGGCUAGAGAAGGCCUCUCUUGAAGUGAAGAGAGUCAUCCGUCCCUAAGAAGUGGAAUCCAGAAAAGUGACAUCACACAAAAAGUGGAUCCCGUGAGGCUGAGGAAAACCCAGUUAUUUGUGUUGUAGCCCUGGCCCCUCACAGGAUCCCUGGAAAUACUUGUCCCCCCAGGACUGUCUGUCAUAAACAUGCCUGUCUAGUCCACACCUUACAUGGCAUCCCCACAGGUCAUAGCUUUGUGUGAGGGUUCUGGAGACCUGCAUUCAGAUGCCAUAUUCAGUACUCAUUAGCUGAGUGACUUUGGGUAAGUCACCUAACCUCUCUAGGUGUCAUUCUCAGCUGAAUAAUAAUUUGAACUUGUUAUCUCUAAGGUUCUUCCUAGCUCUAGCCUUUUGUAAGAUGUAUUAGCUG